AUGAUUCAAGUUUUCAAUCGUGCCACUCCCGAUGGCUCCCUAAUUGCUAAUAGUGGCCUUCUCUGUAUUCGAGGGCUCCCCUUUGGUUGUAAUAAGGAAAGCAUUAGGCACUUCUUUUCAGGGUUGGAAACAGUGCCCAGUGGAAUAAUACUUCCCGUGGACUUUCAGGGGAAGAGCACAGGGACUGCCUUGGUGCAAUUUGCUUCCCAGGAAGCAGCAGAAAUAGCUAUAAGGAAACACAAGGGAAGACCAGAGCCUAGCUAUGUGGAAAACCUCAAGGAUGGUUCAAUGCAAAUGCCCACUCAUUGGGGACCCUUUCGGGCAUUCAUGGUCAAGCAGAGACUGGGCCCUUAUGAUAGGCAAGGUCCUGGAUUGAGGCUUAAAACCAUAAGGGGAGAAGGUUCUGAUAAGACAAUGAGACCUAGAGUCUAUGAGAGGGUACAUGGAAGCUAUGAUCGCAAGAACAGAUCCAAUGAUAAUCACGGCAUUGAUUUCAACAUCAGUACCAGGAGAAUGCCUGAUAACACAUAUGGAGAUUUCAUCUUUCACAAUGCAACUUGCCACCACUGGGUACACAUGAGAGGAUUGCCUUAUAAAGCAACAGUGAAUGAUAUUUACCAUUUCUUUUCACCACUCUGCCCCUUGAGAGUAUACAUUGAAAUUGGGCAAGAUGGAAAGGCAACUGGAGAGGCCGACGUUGAUUUUGUGACACAUGAGGAUGCAGUGGCCGCCAUGGUGAAGGAGAAAACCUACAUGCAGCAGAGGUACAUUGAACUUUUCUUGUAUUCUACUGCCAGGGAAAGAAUGGAUACAUUCACCAGUAAAGUCAUAAGAGCCAGGGGAAACCAGCUCAGAGGUGAUCCCUUUGAGAGGCAACAACUGUAUAUGGGUUGUAGCAUAUGCAGUGGUCUUAAAAACAGCCUGGGAGGAGGAUAUGUGAAUCCAGUAGUGAUGGAUAGUCAUUGUUCCAGCAAAGGAAACAUGUGUAUGCAAGUCGAGGGCAUAGACAACAUGUGUGACAAAUGGAGAUGA